AUCCGGCUCCACUUGUUUUCCACCUCAGGCUUAAUGCCUCGUUUCAAAAUGGUCACAGCCGACUGGAGGGUGACGUGCGCACGGCUGUUUGAGAAGCAUGCUCAUAAAAUGUUAUCACUCAUGCUCCGUCCCAAGGUUUCUGUGCUGUGUGUGUUGUGAAUGAGAUCGUUCCUGAUGAUCCAAAUAUGGAGCAUUUAGAGUCAUUAGCUCAGCGGCUGAAUUUGAAUGGAUGGAGUCGGCGCUCUUCGGGGCGCCUUAUUAUGCAGGCGCAUUAAAAGAAAGCGAUGGGGGGCAAAUGGGUGGUUAAAGGUACGAACAAAAAGAGGGGCAGGGACUGUGAGGAGGGCCAGGAUUCAAAUUCUAAGUGGUAAGUUGUUCCCAUUGUCACAGGGGUAUAAAGCAGGCAGAGCAAAGUCGUCGGAUGGAGAGCUGGCACCACACAGAAGCAGCUUGUUGUUCAUCAUUGAGGAUUCGAAAGUCAGGAUUUAGACACCUCACCAUGGCCUCCUCGCACUGUAUCUGGAUUGCUCUCAUUCUUCUCUCGGUGAUGACAAGUGACACUGGAGUAUUUGGUCGUGCAGUAGAUGCGCUGGGAUUUGCGUCGCAAUCGCCGAGAAGUGCAGAUGAAUCAUCCGGACCAACUUUACGCACGGAGGAUAUGAGGCGCGGGGCGGAGGAGGCGCACCGGGAGCGCUGCGCAGAGCUGGCGGCGCCUUGGCUGGAAAACACACAAGCAGCCGGAGAUAACGCGACAACGUUGCAAUUCCGCGGUCGACCCUUUUCCCCGGGAGCCUCGCAAGGCCUGGUGUUCCCAGGAAAAUCUCUUUUCAACUUUGUUCGACGCGUUUACCAAUGCUGUCACGAGGGAUUAACCUGCAGACGCGUCAAAGGGAUUCAAGGUCGUUUGAGAGGAGAUAGAGAUGUGGAGUUUCUUCUCACCAGGGAGAUUCUGUCACUAACAGUCACGAGGGCAGAGCUUCACCUUCAACUUUCCAACCCGCAGCACCUGAACGUCCAACCCGUGCUUCCAUCCAUGGCAAAGCGCAGCCUUCCAACAAGGUACAGUGUGUGGUCACGGGGCAGCCGGCUGGAGCUCAGAGUGGAUCUGCUGUUCCUUUUCCAGAGUCUGCAGGAGGCGGCAGGUGGUGCCGGAGGAAGGGGUCCCAGUUUGGUGAACAUGAGGCGGGUGGUGUUUUCUUCCAGGGGGGAUCCACUCGGAGAAAACCCAGCUCCUCACGCUCUGCAUGACGCCGACAGCCACGCGUGGGGGGAUGGGGUCGCCAGCGUGCUGCCUGAUCUGGAGCUGGGCCUGGUGCUGGGCUGCAGUCAGGCUGGAGCAGGGGUGUCCUGUGGAAGUGGCGGUGUUCACCUUUCACACACACCAUUCAUGGCUCUGUACUACAGAUGAAGCCAACCUGAGACUGGGACUGCAUGGAAACUGCUUUAUCUGUUACCUCUGAAAAGACGCACAAGGAAAUGAUGCACUUCAACAUCAAAUCUAUUAAUUUAUAAAUGUUAUGUUUUGUAAAAUAUAUAUAUAAAUCUGUAAAUAGUGAAUAUGAUAUACUGGGAGUUUAUACAGUCAUUCAUUGGUUAUUAAA